AAGAAAGUAUACUCCUCACCUCGCCUUAGGCAGCCAGCCCUAUGUCUCAAUUCUCAUACAAAGCCCGGGUUUUUAGAAAUUUAUGUUAAAUCAACAAAGAACAACCAUGGCAGCCGAAACAGAUUGGGUAAUCCGCAUUCCAAGGUCCGAUGAAGCGAAUGCAUUCGCACUCAUAUACGUAGCUUCUGCUGGGAAGGAACCUUUAGAUCUGAAGCUUGUCGCAACAGAAGGCGAAAACCCUUAUGUAGUCUCAUUGAAACAAUCUCGCCUCAAGGAUGUUCGCUCGAAGACCUUUCCAGGGAAUGAUGAGGAGCUAGAGAACAUUCUCGCCUCUGUAUUUAAACGUGGAUUGCCAUCGUCCGAUACAAGAACUGGUGCUAGUAAUGACUCUGAAAUUGAAUUAAGUGCUUCUAUUCGGCAGUCGAAUGAUGAGGGAAGUCAGUUAGUGAUUGCUAUUCGCAAGCGAAUCGACACUAUUACACAACGAGUUGCGUCCAUUACUCUACAACAAGAUGAUGAUCAGACAAUUGAGCUCUUCGAAUGGACUGGUCUCAUGACUACGAAAGCGGACUCCCUGCUGCGACAAAUAUCAACUUUAACACAUCGACUUCAGGAGGCUGAGGAGUCCAUCAAAAGCUUGAAUUCAACAAUUAGUGAUCUUGUCAGUAGCAAGAAAGACCAUGAAACUAUGUUGAUAAGGAACUUUGUUCAAAUUCUCAAUGAGAAAAAGUUCAAGAUCCGUAAUCAGCAACGACUGCUGGCGGCUGCUAAGAUUGACCCCGACAAAAUUUCUCAUUUACAGUCGGCGGUCAAGCAACAUGACGUUCAGAUAAGUCGACGCGGAAAGAGGAAAGCCGUUGGCCGGGAUGAAUCAUCAGAUUCAGAUGGAUUUGAGCUCAUGGAUGUCGAUCAGGCACAAGCUGUCAAUGACGAAAGAAGCAUUGAUGAACUUUCAGACAGUGGAGAAACACCCCAGCCACUAGAGGAAGAGACUGAAUCAGAGGCUGAAGCAGAGGCUGAAGAAACACUAUCAACAACCUCUGAAGACAGGCCCUCUCUGCCACAAGGUAACAAAACGAGUCGCUCACAUUUGGCAGAGUCAGCGGAACCUCCUCCUAGGAGAGACCUACCAUUUUCUCGAAAGGCUACCAGUAAAGCGGUGGUAUCAUUCAAAGGUGAUGAUGACAUGGACGAAGGAGCGACAGGGGGAGAAACAGAUGACGACGAGUUGUGAAAUUCAAGAAAUAUAAGCAAUUUUAAGAAUGAUCAUUUCGAAUUAUUACUCCAAUCUAGCCCCUAU